AUGUACAACACGGUGUGUAUAUUUUGUCUUAUAGAUCCAGCGCACCUGAGGCGGAAACGUCAGAAGACUGGCGGUGAUCCCAUGCACCUGCUGCUCCAACAGCAACAGAAACAGCAAUUGCAAAAUGACCACCAAGGUGGCAGACAAACAAAUAUGAGUUGCUGGAAUGCACAGAACAUACCGCCCAUCAAAACGGAACCAAGAGAUACCUCACCUCAACCCUUUGGCCUUUCCUAUCGAGCGCCUCCUGAACUCACUCCCUCGCCGCAGCCGUUGUCGCCGUCAAGCAACUACAAUCACAACAGUACGCCCUCGCCCUACAAUAUGGCCGCCUCGGUCACGCCCACCAACGCCCAGCAGCAGCAGAUGAUGUCGCCCAACCACCCACAGCAGCAACAGCAGCAGCAACAGCACCACCAGCAGCAACAGCAGCAACAACAGCAGCAGCAACAGCAAUAUGGGGCAACCGAACUGGGCAGCAAUUACAAUCCGUUUGCCCAACAGGUCCUUGCCCAGCAGCAACAUCAGCAACACCAGCAGCAACAGCAACAGGCAUUGCAAUUCCAUGCCAAUCCGUUUGGCAAUGCAGGAGCCAGUCACUGGGAGAGCAAGUUCUCUGUGGCAGCUGUGGCAGCAGCAGCUGCGGCAGGAGCAACACCCGCCAACGGCGGCAACAAUGCAAACAGCAAUAAUCUUAGCAAUCUCAACAAUCCCUUCACCAUGCACAACCUGCUCACAUCGGGCGGAGGUCCUGGCAACGGCAGCAAUCUGCAGUGGAACCUGACCACAAACCAUCUGCACAAUCAGCACACGUUGCACCAGCAGCAGCAACUACAGCAGCAACACGUCCCGCCCAUGCAUCAGUAUGACAACAAUGCGACUAGCAACACAAACCCCAACACCAACAACAAUAAUAACAAUAAUAAUGCCGCUGGCAACCAAGCGGAUAAUGGUCCCACGAUCAGCAAUCUGCUAAGUUUCGACAGCGAACAGUUGGUGCGCAUAAACUCAGAGGAUCAGCAGAUACUGCGCCUCAACUCGGAAGAUCUGCAGAUAUCGAACCUAUCCAUAUCCACGUAAUACCUUUAUUAAAAACUGAAACUAACCCAAUACAAACAGAGCAAACUGAGGAGGCAGUAGGAUGAACACAAUGAUGAUGAUGUAGAAUUAAAGCCUAUCGACCUGGUCGUCGUCUAAUUGAUUGUUUUAGUGUUGUAAUGCCUAGUCUUAAGUCGAAAUGUAAUAUGUGUGUUUUGUAUGAAGUAAGCUUUUUAAAUAUGAAUAAAUUAAUCGUUUUAGCAGUAUA